AUGUCAGCCAAUGCGUACACAGACGAGGACUGGGCCCGCCUACGCCGGCAUAUCACCCGGCUUUACUAUGACGAGGCCAAGCCCCUCGCUGAAGUGAUCGAGACGAUGCAACGGAGAUACUCUUUCAGUGCAACGUCGUACCGUCUCCAGAAAUGGGGCUUGGAUAAAAAGCUCAGAGAGAAAGAAGUGGUUCAGAUGUUCCUCCUCAAGCAGCAGCGCGAUGCUGCUGGGAAACAAUCCGCCUUCCUCGUACGAGGGAGACCGGUUGACUGGGAACAGGUCCAAAGA